UGAAGCUGUCCACCUGUCUAACAUGUCAAUGCGGCCAUGUUAGUCCCUCCACUUGCCCGUGCCGCCUGUCGGCCGGGCCUUCACGCAUCUGGUCUGCGCCUACACCCUGUUCACCACGGCAUUCGCGUCUUCACAUGCUCUCCCCUGCACAGAAAAGAUGUCCACGGCCAGCGACCAAAGCCGGCCAUUGAGGCCACCAAGCCCGCCGCCGACCCCGCGGCCAAGGCAAAGGCCGCAAAGGGUGAUCCGUUGCUGGCAGAGCAGGUCCUGACCAACAAGGAGCAGCGCAAGGCCGACUGGGCCAUUAUGAAAGAGAUUUCGCAGUACCUGUGGCCAAAGGACAACAUGGGCACCAGGUUCCGGGUUGGACUCAGCGUGGGCUUGCUGGUCAGCGCAAAGCUGCUCAACGUGCAGGUUCCCUUCUACUUCAAGAGCAUUGUAGACGCCAUGAACAUAGACUUUGCCGCUGUAGGCGGCACCGCGACUACCGUGGCAGGCUCCAUGAUUAUCGCUUACGGUUUGACUCGUAUCGGCGCAACUGUAUCGCAGGAACUGCGCAAUGCCGUCUUUGCCAGUGUUGCCCAAAAGGCCAUUCGCAAGGUCGCCUGCAGUGUGUACGAACACCUGCUGAGGCUUGACCUGAGUUUCCACCUGUCCAGACAAACCGGAGGUCUGACAAGAGCUAUUGAUCGCGGUACCAAGGGUAUCAGUUUCCUACUGACUGCCAUGGUCUUUCACAUCUUUCCUACAGCACUCGAAAUUUCCCUGGUGUGCGGCAUUCUAACGUAUCAGUACGGUCUGCAAUUCGCCCUCAUCACCAGUGCCACCAUGACUGCCUACGCCGCCUUUACCAUCAUGACCACCUCGUGGAGAACAAAGUUUAGAAAACAGGCCAACGCUGCCGACAACAGGGCUGCGACUGUUGCUGUCGACUCCAUGAUCAACUAUGAAGCUGUCAAGUACUUCAACAACGAAAAACACGAAGUCAUGCGCUACGACAAGGCCCUUCAGGAGUACGAAAAAGCCUCCAUCAAGGUCGCCACUUCGCUUGCCUUCCUCAACUCGGGCCAAAACAUCAUCUUUUCCUCGGCUCUGACUGCCAUGAUGUACCUUGCCUGCAACGGCGUCGCAACUGGCCAACUCACCGUCGGCGACCUGGUCAUGGUCAACCAACUCGUCUUCCAGCUCUCUGUGCCCCUCAACUUCCUCGGCUCUAUGUAUCGUGAACUUCGCCAGAGUCUGCUUGAUAUGGAAACUCUUUUCAAUCUGCAAAAAGUCAACGUUAACGUAAUCGACAAGCCCAAUGCUCCACCACUGGCCCUCAAGACGGGCGAGAUUAAAUUCGAAAACGUAUCCUUUGGCUACCGUCACGACCGCCCCAUUCUCAAGAACCUCAACCUGACCAUUCCCGCCGGCAAGAAAGUUGCUAUCGUUGGGCCCAGCGGUUGCGGAAAAUCCACCAUUCUCCGCCUGCUCUUCCGCUACUACGACGCACAGGAAGGUCGCAUUCUAAUUGAUGGCCAAGACAUCCGGGACGUCAGUCUCGAGAGCCUACGCCGUGCCAUUGGCGUAGUGCCCCAAGACACGCCCCUCUUCAACAACACAAUCAAGCACAAUAUCCACUACGGCAAUCUCGACGCAACCGAGGACCAGAUCCAGGAAGCUGCCAGACGCGCUCGCAUCGACGAGACGAUCGCUCGUUUCCCCGACGGUUACAAGACCAUGGUCGGCGAGCGAGGCAUGAUGAUUAGCGGUGGUGAAAAGCAGCGCCUGGCUAUUGCACGAUUGGUCCUGAAAGACCCUCCGCUCCUAUUCUUCGAUGAAGCCACUUCAGCACUAGACACGCACACGGAGCAAGCGCUCCUAACACACAUCAAUUCGCUGGUCAAGGAGAAAAAGCGCACCUCGGUCUUUGUCGCACAUCGCCUCCGCACCAUCUACGACUCUGACGUCAUCAUCGUCCUGCGUGAGGGCGGCGUCGCCGAAAGCGGAACCCACCAGCAGCUCAUUGACCGCGGCGGCUUGUACAGCGAGCUUUGGAGCGCCCAGGAGACCAUGUUUGUGGAUGACGAGGCGGCGGAAGAUGUGAGUGAGUUGGAAGAAGAGGUUACUAAGAAGCAGCCGUGAUUGAGUCUGUUCCAUUAUCUUUUUUUUUAACUAAAGAGGGAAUACAUG